AGGUUUUCUCUUUGAAUUAAUGUAUUUUAUUUAUCUUUCAGGUAUGGAUCCAGAUUUGCUGGUUUUUGAGCAAUCACCUCCUACAUAUCUAAACACCCGUUCUUCAUCUGAUAGGUGGGAUAGACUAAGGAUUCUAAAAGCUAUGAAUUUAGAUAAUAAACAACAAACUACCACGAUAAAUGGUAUGUUGCCAUCAACAGAGGCUCCAUCAUCAGCCCCACAUCAAGAUUUGGUUGUAAACACAAACAGUACUGGUUAUUCCAAGGAAUUAACAAUAGAUCUUUGGGCAAGGUUCAUUUCCCUGAAUGACUCCAUUACCACUAAGGUAAAUAUGGUGUCACCAAGCACUGACUUAAUCAGUGAUCCAGACAAUCAAACUGUUUCUCCUUUCUUUGUGCCCAUUGACACAAAGCUUUCUAUUAUGCCUAUUCCAUCCCGACUCAACAGUAGCAAGCAAUUACUAAAUAAAACCAAGGGGUACAACAGCAGAAACCAGACAUCUGAAAAUGAGGAGACACUUAAUGGGGCACCUGUGACUUCAAAGACCUGGCUAGCUUCUGUGGCCUUAUGCACCUCUGUCCUCUUUCUUUGCUGUUGUACGGUCAUCCUGGCAACCAGAUGCUGUCGAAAGCAUCAGGGCCAGUAUAAACCAGGACAGCGAAAGUCAGGAUCCAAGCAAAGUAAAAAAUAUAAUAUGCUAAAAGACAACUCUUAAAAGAUGUUGUGAGAUUGUAAGCUUUAAAGGUAAUAAUUUUCAGUUUUCUGUAAGAAAAGGGAAGUUUGAUUAAAAAAUAUAAUUAUACAGGAUGGUCACUCCUAUUUCUAAAAAGGAAAAUGUUUAGUAAACAUAUCUGCUUUCUUGAUUAUUUUCAAUUUUUGAGUAGUGGUCCCUCUGCCACAGUUCCAAAAGUCUGACUCCUAGAGUUGUUAUUUACUACCAUGUAGGAGAUAAAAUUUCUCAGUGGUUUAGAGAUAUGAACUAACUGGAUCCUUGAAACUCUGUUAGAUGAACUAUUAUUAACUGUCAUUGUUGCCCAAUAUUAUGCUAUUAUUAUACUAUUACUAUUGUAUCUUACAGCUAAGGAAGCUUAGGUGAAGAGGGAGUGAGCAUUUUGGCUAAAGUCACAUAGCUAGUAAGUAUCAGGGUCAGGACUUAGUUAAAACAUAGGCAGUCUAAUUCAAAAGCCCAUGCUCAA